AUGAAUGACACCGAAACACAAGAAAUACCCAGACCUGACAUUUCAGCUACGCUCAGAAGACCGAACCCAGUCUUUGAAGGUCAAAACGGUUUUGAAAGCGAUUUUCAUGACGAAGAGAUCGAUGAUGCACACCUACACGAAGCUCUCGAGCGACACCGCCUUGCUCAGUACAUUCUAACGCAGAAGGAUCGCCCUAUUCCUACCAUCGAAGAAAUGAAGGCGUAUUUGGAGAAACCAGAAAAUUCUGCAUCAGUCAAGGAAGAGAUUCAAGCUUUGAAGGAAGAACAUCUUGAGGAUCUAGAUCGUCUCUACGCUGCCCACGCCGGAGAAUAUACACAAGAAGUUCUGGACUUAUAUUACUCUAAAGACGACGUGCUCCCUGCUUCGGAUCUAGCCUCUCAAGAUCCUGACAAUAUAGAAAUAUACGAAAAAUUAGAUGAAUAUUAUGAGGAAUUUCGUCAAAACCAUCUCUUUCAAUCACUUUGGGACACAGAUUACUCCGUAAUGCGACACACAUAUCUUUCUCGUCUCUUGCCCCUCGAAAGAAAGCGCCGCGAACUUGAAAAAGAGGAAGAAGAAGCCAAGAGACGCAGGGAUGCCAUGUUCCCUAUGUCCGCAGCCGACUUCACAACAAAGCCAGGAGAUGUGCAAUUGAGAGCAGCAAGGUUUUUGACUGCAGAUGCAGCGAAGCAGGAAAAGAUGCUAGCUGAGUUUGGCUGGGCUUGGAGGCAGGUAGAUCCGUUGAAAGCUGAAUUUGCUUCGAAUGUAGGUAGCCAUCUUGUAUCGUUCGGCGUCUCAGCUGACCAGAAGGAUUUUGAUAUAGGAUAA